GUACCUACAACACAAUAUUGAAUAAUCAACAGCACGAUCUACGAAUACCCUAAAGGCUAAGCUACAUUGUCGAGAGCGAUAUAAGACAAACAUACUAGCAACCUCCAAAACACCCCAACCGGCACCGCAAAAACCCUCAACGCGCACUACCCUCGCAGCCUCACGAACUCACCCCCAACCUCCCACUCACCACCAACAACCAAUUCACUUCCAAACACACACCCACCAUGCCCGCGCCCAACCGCCCCAAACAGCACGCACGCCGUCAAAACCCCCCCAACCCCCACCAAGCAUCCGACAACGACUCCGACAUGCCCCCCCACCUCCCCCCUCCCACGCGCACCAACACCGACCUCAACCUCUCCGUCCUACGCCGCUACUUCCCCAGCACGCGCACCAUCCUCUCCAUCGCCGCCAACGCAGUCGUCUACACCUUCUCCGCCUCAACCGGGCAAUGGGAGAAGAGCGGGAUCGAGGGUGCGCUGUUUGUGUGCGAGACGGAGGAGGGGUUUGUGGUUGUGGUGCUGAAUAGACAUGGGUUGGAGAAUUUGGUGUUGGAUGUUAGGGAGGUGAGGGAUGUGGAGGUUACGAGUGAGUUUUUGAUUUUGAGGGUGCCGGGGGAGGGGGAGGGGGAGAAGGUCAUGGGGUUGUGGAUUCAUGGGGAUAGGGAUGAUACGAGGGAGAAGAAUGCGGGGACGAUUUUGCAGUGUUGGGAGAAGGUUAGGGGGGUGGGUGUGGAGUGAGAGGGGGUGGUGGGAAGGAUAUGUAAAGUAGGCGCAGAAAAUGAGGCUGCUCUCGUGCUGGCGGCCGUCUCUCGGGAUGCACGGCGGACCAUCCGCAGCCACGGGGUGUGUUGGGAUGGGGUAUGAAACUUUUGGGCGACGACACGCCGUCCUCGAUGGAAAAGAAGUAUUUCGCGAAUUUGUGCGCCACGGAAUACGUCAGACUUCGAGGUUGAAUCGAGUUAUCCAAGGACGGAGCCAAGCCAUAUCUCGAACAACUGCAUACACAACAAUAAUACGGCAUGGCGAAGAAUAAGACACAACACACCGGAGAUCUGGAAGUAGGCACAUACAAAUCUACAAAUUUCCGCAUCCAUAAUAGAAUGCAUACCUAUAAAAAACGUAACCGCUAACCUGAGCCUAUCUAUCACAUCAUAUUUUCAUCCCUCAUCUCCCACUCUACUCCUUCUUAAUAAGCUUAUCAAAGAACGGUCCCACAACCGUAGCACUCUUCUUAGGGAACCUCUUCUGUCCACCCUCAUAAUCCACAAACGUAAC